AUUUAAUUGCCGGGUACGUACAUACACGAUGCAAGGGCUGACGGUGGCCCGUUGGUACCCGAUAGCUUCACACAUACAGAUCAUUUCCGCCUCACCGACAUUUUGUUACAGCAGCCUCUGGCUUUUGUGUUUAGCGCCAGAAUGUUGGUUUAUGAGGCCAUGACUGAACGCCGAAGUUUAGAUGCCAAGAAGUAUGCUGCGCCUCGUGUGAACUUUACGCCGCAAAUUUGAUAAGCACGCCUCGCAACUUUCGACGCUUUCAAGCCUUGAAUCCAAAUGAUAAUAACUACGUAUGACGGAUAGUACCGAUGAUCAGUGCCUGGGUUCUGAGUGGCCACCGUUUGAUGCCAGGCCAGAGGUGUCAAGCACGGCGCUUAACAAAGUCAGCCGCCCCCGGCCGACCGGCCGGCAUGUCGACACCUCCUGCUAUCGGACCACGAUUGUUGGCGCCGCACUCACUGGGCUGUCGUCGGUUGCCCCUUGCUCCGGGUCCGCGACAAGACCGACUCGGAUACCAGACACCGCAAUUGACCGAAAUAACCCUACUACUGCUUGUUUUCUUUGAUGUCAGAUUCAUCCUCCCCAAACACAAUCUAGCGGAUCGGGGAAAGCACCUGCAUGCCGGAGCGCCAAUGUGGCAGACGUGGCUGGCAAGCUUAGCGUACCACUCAACAAUUGGCGUAGACUGGCAAGUUCCAGCAUGCGGAUGACUUGCAGCGGAUGGCAAGACAGUACAGGCCUCUAAACUUCAAUACCAGAGAUACUCGCGACAUUAGCAACCGUCAAUCUCCUCUUUUGAGCGGCGGGCAGGGCCGAACGCGGCGCUCCGUAAAGCCAUCAUAUGCUAGCCGAUGUGUCUGUCCACAUUCAGUUAGUGAACACUCGAAGACAUUGCCCACCACUCCAACUUGCGAGCGUUUCGAUAAUGCAUAGAAUCGGGCUUGCCCUGUAAAGUAUAUGCUCUGCCCAGCGCCCAAAGAGGGAAUUGACGGUUGCCAAUCUCGCAAGUAUCUACGGUAGCCCUAGAAAGUGCAGUAGCCGGUGAAAAACGACACGAA